UGCGGUGGGUUCGCAUCUAAAUGAGCGAAUAGGGAGCGUGGGAACCGAAGAAAACAGUUUCCCCUAGUUGCGCUCGUCGGUGUGCGGCGAAAACGGGGGAAACGGUUCUUUUACGUGGAGUGAAUUUCGCCGAGUUGCGGGUGGAAGAAAUGGAUGCAGGGUCCCUUGGAGGAGCUGCACUCAGUGUUUCUGAUUCCUCUAUGAACACCAGCCUGCUGGCCAAGGUGGGGGGUGCCGCAUUGCCGCAAGAGGAGCAACGGAGCUCCAAGCCUCUCAUGUCUGUGGGCCUGAUGAAAUGCGAGGAGUGUGGGCGUGGCUUUUCCGAUAUAUCCGUACUUCUGCGGCAUCAGCAGAGAGAACACGCCCUGCGCAAACCGCACCGCUGUCCCACCUGCGGCCAAUCGUUCGCCCUGCUGUCCAGCUUGCACCUGCACCGCCGCAUCCAUGCCGCCACACGGUACAAGUGGAGCAGCCAGGGUGGCUCGCCGCGGCAGCAUGCAGCCCGUUCAGACAGGAGCGAGGGUCGACUUUUUGGCCACCGACGAAACCUGCAGGGUGGGGGACCUUAUGCUUGUGCCCCCUGUGGGAGAGCGUUCAGCCACAAGCCGGCGCUGCUCCACCACCAGCAGGCUGGCUGUCAACACCCUACCGAACCCGAGGAACCUCAGAUCACUCAGCUGACAUCCACCGCGUCUCCGGCUGCACCAACAACGCAACAUGACGAAGGCCUUUUGUCGCAAUCUAAGCCUUCUGCUACAAAUCCCGCCUCCAUGACUUCACAGGUUCUACCUGUCAGUGCUCAGCCUACAACGCCGCAGGGCCCUGCGCAUUCCUCUUUGUCAUCUCCUACGGACUCAUCAUCACCACCCCAUGCUUCCCCACCCCCCUCCCCCACAAGGCCCUAUUUUUGCUCCUUAUGCCACAGGACGUUCAACUCUCAGGUGGGUUUGUCCAGUCACCAGCGACUGAGCCACCCCGUGGAGUGGAAGCUGGCUCAGGUAACGUACUGGAAUCAGGGGGGCAAGAAGUUCCCUUGCUCCUCCUGCGAGAAGGUCUUCUGCCAUGCGGCGUCGCUCUACCAGCAUAAGCGCCGGUGCUUUGGUACACAGGCAGAUGAGACGGGUGCAGGGUUACAGAACCACAAGGGGCAACGGUUCCCUUGCCGCUCCUGUGACAUGGUCUUUUCCCAGACAUCCAGCCUGCUUCUGCACAGGAAAGAGCAACACAGCAGGCCAGCGCGGCCCCGGGACCGUGGCCGGAUGGUGACGGUUCUGCCGAAACGAAGAACAGGGGUGCACCCCUGCCCUUUCUGCAGUAAAGUGUUCUCUCACCACCUGCCCAGGUGGGCUCAUGUUCGGGCCCAUCACGCUCAACAGCAGCUGCAGAGAAAGAGGUGUCACAAAGUGGACUACCACAAGGCCAACAAACAGGAAAUUGCCAAGAAGCUGUUCCGGUGUUCGCAGUGCAACAAGGCCUACCGCAGCCGUGGCAACCUUCUGAAGCACCACAGCACACACGCCAAAGCAGGCAGGAGGUCUCGGACUGUGCAUCGGAAGCCCGGGCGCAGGAAAAACAACAGAGGGAAGAGCGAGCCUCAGAGCAGCGAGGAGGAGAUGUACUCCUGCCCGUUCUGUGAGGAGGUGUUCAGUCAGCUGUCCUCCCUCCGGGAGCACGAGUUGGUGCACCAACCCAUGAAUACGGCCAGAUCCUGCAGUGUGUGCCAGCAUUCCAUGGGCUCGGCUCGGGGGGCUGAAUCGGAUGCAAGGGUCUACCACUGCGAGCCCUGCCAGCGGACCUUCAGGUUGCUUCAAGUGUUCCUGCAGCACUGUCAGAUGCACCUUGUCCCUCUGGGGGACAGAGGUCCUGCAGGUGACCUUGACAUAGAAGACCGAGGUGUAGUCCCAUGAUGCUGCUGAACAUUUUGCAGGACCGGGGCCCAUUCAGGCACACGCACUCGCAAAGUGGUGAGAUGGAACCGUGAGCUCCUCAGAACACUGUUGCACAGUGCUGCCAGCUCUUACCUCAAAACAGUAGCUUCACUGGAGAUGUGCGGAGGGCUGCGUCCGUCAGGAUUCACUUGUUGGCUGCUCAGCUAAAGGCUGAAGAAUUCAUUCCCCAAAGCUGCUGCUAGGUGUGAGGCUUAGUCAGCGUACAGCAGCGAUGGUAAUAAUUGCACUGUACAAACCUCAGUGGAACUUGUUUAAUGCUUUUUUUGUUCUGAUACUGUGAAACUUCCAAAAUCCAUGAAUGUGUUUGUUCAACAAAAACAAGCAGGAUAUAGUAGAUGCCUUUACCUGAUGUUUCUA